AUGCAAGCUCCAGGAUCAGCUCGCGGAAACUACAACUACUACACGCUCCGAGAUGUUCCUGGUAAGGAUCGAGGGGCAUUUGCCUUGAACUCUCUGAAGGCAGGCACAAAGAUCCUUGUCGACAAGCCGCUCAUGGUCUUCAACACGGCUUUAUCUCAUAUCAGCCCGAUAGAUACGACGCAGAAGUACCAUCGUAUGUCGCCCCAGGAUCGAGCCGAAUUCGAUCGGGCCCCGGGAAUCCUUCCUGGCGGCCAUCAGGGGAUUGUUGCAACCCACGAUAUGAAGUUCCACCUGAACAGGUUCACGAUCAACGACGGCAAAUCCGGCUGCUUUGUGCACGCUUCACGCUUCAACCAUUCUUGCGUACCAAAUUGCAGCAUGACCCCCACUUCAAACGACAGCAUUCAGUGUAUCCUCAUUAAGGAUGUUCCAGCCGGAGAAGAGCUCACCUUCGCGUACAACGAGAAUUUCUUGUACCUGACAUCCGUUCAAAGAGCACAGUACUUGAAGAACUUGCGCUUUACUUUCCGAGACUGCUUGUGCGCCAUUUGCACGCAGCCUGAAAGAGAUCGAGCAGACAGCGACCGGCGAAGAGCGCUAAUGAGGGAAGAUUACUACAAGUGGAGCGAGAUGGACAUCGUGCGAGAAGAUGGCUUCCCAAUGCCCGAAGCUAAGCUGGAAGCUGCCCUUGGCUACGAUUACUGCUUCCAAAACAAGGUCACGGAGCAUGCGCGAGCCUUUGUUGAGCUGGCAGAGCAGGAGGGGAUCUUGUCCUCAUUAUUUCUGGAACUCGCUUGCUUGUUCCUGGCAGAGGCUCAGAAUCACGGACCGAAGGCAGGGCGCGAUUUUCAAGAGAUCAAGAAGUGGACAGAGCGGACGAUUGAACUCAGACGCAAUCGCAUCGGAGAAGAGGGGCAAGUGAUGGUGAGAAGACGUUCGACAAUCGACUCGACAACCUCCAAAGCGACAUCAGAGACUGGGAGUUGGCUCAGUCUCGUGCUUGAGCUAUGA